ACGGCAGAAAGUUUCCACAUAGACAACCCAGCUAUUGCCGCAGACAUCCUCGAACCCGCACAAUUCAGUUAUAGCGUGAAGUCCGCGACUACCUGGGAGUUGUACCUCACCAAUCGAGCUGACCAGCGAUACCUUUGACGAAAUCUGAAGGGAAACACAGUCACCAGGAACCUGAUUGCCGAUUACGGUGUCAUUCAAAAUUAUUCUUUUUGCAUAUCCCGAGCUUGACCAGCUUAUCUUCGUUGCUAGUACGCCAGGAUGGCGCAAGACGAUUCGAGCGUCCGCUCGCCCGAGCCACAGGACGCCAAUUCACCAUCGAGAGGAGAUAGCACCCAAUCGCCUGCGUCAACAGAGGACAAGAGCAAUUCGACGUCAAAGAAGCGAACAGCCUCCGAAUCAGAUCCCAACGGAGCGCCAAAAAUCACAAAACGACGAGCCGCACGUGCUUGCGUAUCCUGCCGUGCACGCAAGGUGCGGUGCGAUGUUGUAGAGGGAGCCCCUUGUGGCAAUUGCAGAUGGGAUAAUGUCGAAUGCAUCGUGCAGGAAAGCCGCCGACGCAAGAAGAGCGUCUUCAACAGCAACCACAACCACAACCCCAGUGCAGCAGGUCAAAAUCCUGUCCAUCAAAAGGCCGAGGCACACAAACUUCACUUGGCGAGCAACCCUGUUCUCAUCAGCCCAGCUACGGAACUGCGCCGCCAAAGCGAAGUGUCUAUUGCAACGACCAACGGCGACGAAACGACCAAUUCGGUUGGUCGACAACCCAGCCAAGCUAAUCUCUUGGAUGCCGGUUUGGAGGGUCACGUUCCGCAUCUCAUAUAUCAGCAAUCAGCCAGCCUACAUUCAGACCCAUUGUUACUGGCUCAAUUACAAGUCGGGAACGGUGGAUCUAGAUAUCCAAGUAUAUGGCCUAAUUUGAACGACGCGAGCCAAAACGGCGCUGCAUUCGGCGAGGCCAAGACUGCUCACUUUUUGAGCUCGCUGGAGGAACCAGAUGCGUCAUCAUAUCUUCCUGCUUUCAUCCGGCCUCUGCCAGCCAAGAUCGCUGCCGAAGAUGUGAGCUACCUGCACAUGAAGGGGGCCCUUACGCUACCCAGCCUCACCUUGCAGAAUGCGCUGUUGCGAUCUUUUCUCGAAUAUGUCCACCCGUAUAUGCCCAUGUUGGACUUGCAUGAUUUUUUGGGCGCUAUCAACUCAGCCGACGGCCUCAACGGACAGAUCAGUUUGUUCUUAUAUCAUGCUGUCAUGUUUGCCAGCACUGCCUAUGUUGACGUCAAGUACCUGAAGGAGGCAGGAUACGCAAACAGAAAAGCCGCCCGGAAGGCCUAUUUCCAGAAAACCAGGCUUUUGUAUGACUUCGAUUACGAAAGUGAUCGGCUUAUCCUCGUCCAAUCAUUACUACUCAUGACUUACUGGUAUGAGACGCCCGAUGACCAAAAAGACACAUGGCAUUGGAUGGGUGUUGCCAUUUCAUUGGCUCAUACCAUCGGGCUGCACCGCAAUCCCGCCAACACCAGCAUGUCACCGCGGAAACAAAAGUUGUGGAAGAGGAUAUGGUGGUCCUGUUUCAUGCGUGAUCGUUUGAUUGCACUAGGCAUGCGAAGACCGACCAGGAUAAAAGACGAAGACUUCGAUGUGCCAUUGCUGGAGGAAAGCGACUUCGAGAUUGGGCCUCUUGCAGAUGACGUUCAAGUCAUUACCCAUGACUGCACCCUGGCUCGGGAUGUCCUGAUGCAACAACAACUCGCAUCAAUGUGCGUUGCCAAGGCGAAGCUUUGUUUGUGUAUCAGCCAAAUGCUAAAGGCGCAAUAUUCUGUCCUUGUGCGAGACUCGGAACGAGCAGAGAACACCACGAACAGUACCAUGAUGCUCCAUCCCAAAAAGCAGCUCGAUAACCUCGAGACUGUCACAGAAUGUGACUUGUCGCUCAUGGCUUGGGCUGAACAACUACCAGCUUGCUGUCAGUACCGUGGAUUGACGGCUAUGGAUGUCAAGGAUGGUCACAAGACAAUUGCCGUUCAACGCAACUUGCUGCACAUGGUAUACUAUACCACAAUAUCAGCAUUGCAUCGACCGCAAUUCCUUCACGCUUCUCCUCUACACGCCCCGACAACUUCUCGACAAGCUCAGGAGAUGUCCCGGAUGAAGGUUCGGGAUGCUGCCUCUCAAAUCACUCGUAUGGCUGCCGAAAUGCACCAUCUUAAGCUCGAGAGAUUCUUGCCGACCACUGGUGUCACUGUCAUUCUCCCGGCAAUGAUUAUUCAUCUGCUCGAGAUGAAGAACCCGUUACCCCACGCCCGCGAUAAGGCAGUCCGCGGAUUCCGCCAGUGCAUGAAGGUCAUGGAGAGACUGCGCGACAUCUACUCAGCUGCUGACUAUGCGGUCGCCUUCUUGGAUGCUGCGUUACGUAAGGCGGCCAUUGACAUCCAGGCUUCUCACAGUGCCCAGAUGGGCGCCGAGCUUGAAAAGAAUGCCAUCUUUGCACUCCCCCUUAUACCAUCAGAGAAGAUGGCCACUCCACCACCCGAGAACGCACCGUAUAUGACACAGCCAGAGGCCGAUAGGCUCGGUGCCAACCCCAACAUGUAUGUCACAACCUCAGACCUGGCGGCUGGCAAUUCGCCGCCGCAAACCGAAAAGGAUGGCCUCACGCCCACUGCAAGCGACUCGAGCGAUGCGGGGGCACCGGCUCCGAUGGACCUGGACCUUGAUUUCACCCAACACCAGCAGGAUGAAUUCGACUGGAACGCCCUGACAGGUACAAACAUCGAUUUCGACCAGUGGCUGCACUUUCCCGCUGAAGGGGGCAAGAAGAACAACGCGGCGCCAAACGCCACGGCUGUUGCUCCCGCCACGACGGCAGAGCCAAAUGAUAGUUUUAUGAAUCUGUUGGUGGAUACUGGCAGCGCGGGCGAUGUAUUCGUUUCUUAAACUUUGGUAUGGGCUGGGAUAUAAAGAAAGGUCUUAUGGCAACCGUUCUCUAUCGGGUUCAUACUGUUUUCUUUCUUGGGAUAUGAUGAUGACAUGGCGUUUGAGAAGGAUAUAAAAGUGUUUGGGAGGGGGUUAGGAUACGAAGUCCCGCGAGUAACCGGAAGCAGCGACUUUCGAGAUGAAAGCGAGGAGUACAUAUACCCACGAGCAGGAUAA